AUGAACUAUAAUCCAAACAAGGUUAUCAUUGGUGCAUUGGCAGCACCGCAUACAGGCGGAAACAAUUUGUUUCUGUGUAGAAUGCAUGAUGCAUGGUAUGUUGGCUAUCUCUUUUUGGAUGUUCUUUGCUGUAGUAUCCCCACCCCAAAAAUCAUCUUUGAUAACAUGUCUGGAAAGCACUUGAAGUUUCAAUCUCAUUCCUUAGCUCUGGUGUUGCAAAUAAUGCAGAAUACGCACAGAUUGCGUCGCCAAGAGGGUGAGGCACUGUUUGGAUUCAAAGCCAAAGCCCGUGACAAACAGCUUGUCAACAACGCGCAUCGUCGCAACCCUUUGAGACAUAAAGCUAGUCAAGCCCCGUUGCCACACCACGCCAUGUGUGAAACCUCAAUGAAUAGAAGUGAUAGGAGAGAACGCAACUGUUGUGGUUGCGCUCGUCUCCUAGGGUUGCCUAGAAGUCCUAGGCAGACCCUCGUUAACCCAGAGGAGGGCUCUCAUAUCCUGUGGAGGAGGGAGCAUUAUGCAGGGAGCUCGCCCUUUGGUCUUACCAGCAGUGGACACAGGACACACUUCACGCGAGCUUGGUAG